GAAGUGAUCAUGGUGUGGCCAUUUAAUAAGAAAGAGAAUGAAGGAGAUCGAGUUGUUGUGGAUGAGUCAAGUCAAUCAAAACCAAGAAGAACUUCUGCUCCAAGAAGCGAUCAAACAUUAUUAUUAGAAGAUACAGAACCUAGAUUUAACAAUGGUCCUUCAAAUCCAAGUCUCCCAAUUAAAGAAGCUGUUGAUAGUAUCAAAGCUGAUGAUUUUUCAUUCAAUGGAUUAGUGAAAAUACCCUGUCUCCGAGAAGCUUUAAUGACUGGUAUUUCUUCUUUAGGUGUGUUGGGUACAAUUAUAUUUAUUGCACAAAAAUCACCUACAAAAGCUGCUAAUUGGGGUGUUGGUGGGUUUUUAUUAGGAAGUACAGUAUCAUGGGAACAAUGUAGAAGCAAGAGAAGAAAAGAACAAGCAUUUGCAGCUAAAGCUAGAGAAACCGUUGCUGCCAAAGAAAGACCAAUGAUGCACAAGCCAGAAGAGAAGAUCACUGAAGAAGUUGCCAAAUCAAGAGCAGAGGCCAGUAGUUGGUGGAGACGUUAAUGAAGUUUAUGAGUAUCAAUAUGAGUGCUUUCGAGUUUAGUUUUUUUUUCCAAAGCCUGUAUAUAAUUGAAAAGAACAUUUUUGAAGCCACUUUUUC